AUGGUUACAGAAAAUCCUCAACGUCUUACUGUUUUAAGACUUGCCACCAAUAAGGGUCCAUUAGCACAAAUAUGGCUUGCUUCAAAUAUGUCGAAUAUACCAAGAGGAUCGGUUAUCCAAACACAUAUUGCUGAAUCAGCAAAGGAAAUUGCAAAAGCUUCUGGCUGUGAUGACGAAUCAGGGGACAAUGAAUACAUAACUUUACGAACAUCUGGCGAAUUACUUCAAGGCAUUGUUCGUGUAUAUUCCAAACAGGCCACUUUUCUCCUUACAGAUAUAAAGGACACAUUAACGAAGAUAAGUAUGUUAUUUAAAACAAGCCAGAAGAUGACUUCUACAGUAAACAGACUGAACACUGUAACAAGGGUUCAUCAAUUGAUGUUAGAAGAUGCCGUUACAGAAAGAGAAGUUUUGGUCACCCCAGGGUUAGAGUUCUUAGAUGAUACUACUAUACCAGUGGGCUUAAUGGCGCAGGAGAAUUCGAUGGAAAGAAAAGUCCAAGGUGCUGCUCCCUGGGAUACUUCACUUGAGGUCGGUAGACGAUUCAGUCCAGAUGAAGAUUUCGAACAUAAUAAUUUGUCUAGUAUGAACCUUGAUUUUGACAUCGAGGAAGGUCCGAUAACUUCAAAAUCUUGGGAAGAAGGAACAAGACAAAGCUCACGCAACUUUGAUACGCACGAAAAUUACAUACAAGAUGACGAUUUCCCUCUUGAUGAUGCUGGAACUAUUGGUUGGGAUCUAGGGAUUACCGAAAAAAAUGACCAGAACAACGAUGAUGACGAUAACUCUGUUGAGCAAGGAAGAAGGCUAGGUGAAUCAAUCAUGUCUGAGGAGCCUACGGAUUUUGGAUUUGAUCUGGAUAUAGAAAAAGAAGCACCCGCAGGCAAUAUAGAUACGAUAACCGAUGCCAUGACAGAAUCACAGCCAAAACAAACUGGCACAAGAAGGAACUCAAAAUUACUGAAUACCAAAAGUAUUCAAAUCGAUGAAGAAACAGAAAAUUCAGAAAGCAUAGCUUCAUCCAAUACAUACAAAGAGGAGAGAUCGAAUAAUUUAUUGACUCCACAGCCCACCAAUUUUACGACUAAAAGAUUAUGGAGUGAAAUAACUGAAAGUAUGUCCUAUUUACCAGAUCCAAUCCUUAAGAACUUCUUAUCCUACGAAUCUCUAAAAAAAAGAAAAAUACAUAAUGGGCGAGAAGGGUCAAUUGAAGAACCUGAGUUAAACGUGUCGCUUAAUCUUACCGACGAUGUAAUUAGUAAUGCGGGAACAAACGAUAACUCCUUCAAUGAACUGACCGAUAACAUGUCAGACUUCGUACCAAUUGAUGCUGGCUUAAAUGAGGCUCCUUUUCCUGAAGAGAAUAUCAUCGACGCAAAGACUAGAAAUGAGCAAACUACCAUCCAAACUGAAAAAGUUCGUCCUACUCCCGGUGAGGUGGCUUCUAAAGCUAUUGUUCAAAUGGCGAAGAUUUUAAGGAAGGAAUUAAGCGAAGAAAAAGAAGUAAUAUUCACGGAUGUACUAAAAAGUCAAGCAAAUACAGAACCAGAAAAUAUUACUAAAAGAGAAGCCAGUAGAGGAUUUUUCGAUAUUUUAUCACUUGCUACAGAAGGAUGUAUUGGUUUGAGUCAAACAGAAGCAUUCGGAAAUAUUAAAAUAGACGCCAAACCUGCACUAUUUGAAAGGUUUAUCAAUGCUUAA